AUGCCUAAUUUUAGGAUGAGCAAAAACUUCACCAUCAAAUGAAAAUUAAAUAUUAUCAUUACUUUAUUGUUAAUGAUAAUACUGAACACGCAUGCAGAGACAAACUGUAUAGAUGGCUUUUUCCUGAAAUAACUCCAAAUGCUUCAAAUGACAUAUUUCUUGAAAGGCUUGAGAAAGUUACAAUAGUUGAACUAUAUGCAACGAUAACUUUGUAAAAAAUGACACAUCGACUAGGUGAGACUAUUCUGGAUGACCAGAUGGUGAGUACUAUUCAGAAUCUGGGGGUGCAUGCACCUCUUGUGGAUCUAGCUGUAAUUUUCUGUGAGCUUACCAAUCGCAUUGCCUGAGUUGACCAUCUGGGGAAUUCUUAGAUCUUGAUACAAUGACUUGUGUUUCAACAUGAAACUCUACCACACAAAUACAGAUUUCAGAUGCUCAACUCAAUAACGUUCCACUCUGUAGAAGUUUCGUCUACUACGUUGAUCCUUUGAGUGCAAGCCCAGUUGAGCUGGGUACUUUGCAGCAUCCAUACAAGGAGCUUGAGUCUGUACUCGUUGAAUUAAUGAAUUUUCACACCAACAAUGGCAGAAGUAUUACAGUCAAUAUUAUGGAGAGCUCAAUUAAUUACAUCACAGUUUCAAAUACAAUUAUUUCAAACUUGACUUCUGUGAGAUUCCAAUCAUACUCUAAAGUAAACUCUGAUCCUAAUUUGGCCAUUAUCGAGGCUUUAGAUGCAGAUUCUAAAAGAAUUCAGGCUGGAGUGCCAACAAAGUAUAAUAUUUUAGGGAACAAAGACUCUCUUAUUGAAUCGAAGAUCUACACAAACUCUGGAUUUAGUGCUGAUGAGAUAGAAAAUAUCCAGAAGGCCACUUCUGCGUUCCUGUCUCAUAGAACCUCAAUCUACAUGAACAAAAUAAUGUUCACCACAGAUUACACUAGUCUGGUGACCACUACAAUUUAUUUUAACGUGAUGAGUGAGAAAGCACAUGAGUUCAAGAUUACAAACUCUCAUAUCAAAGUGGCUGGACAGAUGAUGUUCACCUGGAAUCCCAUCCGCCUCUCGUUCCAGAACGUUGACUUUGAUUACUCAAUAACCAGGUAUGGAGUUUGGCUCAGGAACUCAGUCGGCACUAUUGAAGAACUCUCCAAAUCCUAUUUGAUCUGAGACACUGCUAGCUUCUACUUCUCAGAACCCAAGAGGAGAGAUAUCGGCCAGAGGCAUAUAAUGAUUCUCUUCGGACCAGGAGACUGUAUUUUGACAAAUAUUAAUAUAUCAAUUUAUUCUUCAAACGAAGACUCCAUGAUCUCGCUGGGUAGAAUCUUUCAUUAUGGGACUGGAAUUUAUACAAAAAGGUUUAAGCUCCAAGUGAGCAAUAUCUACAUAACCAAUCCUGAAUUUGACACUACGACUGUCAGAGACAGCCCAACUCUUGUGAGCUUCGAUGGAUCUAGAUAUGGAUUAGAGAUGGACUAUGAGUUUUCAAAUAUCACUAUUGACAGAGUUCAUGGAGGAGGAACAUGGCCUUUAUUAAGAUUUAACCCGAGACCUACUGCUAAUGUCAGUGUCUCUGAUAUUACUAUUAAGAAUGUUGACAGCACUUUACCAGUCAUAAGUUUCAUUGAAGGGAGAGCCUUCAAUCUUACCAACAUACAAAUUAUAAACUGUACUAUAUAUAGUUCCGGAGUGGUCACUAUCACCGCAAUUGAAGCUUUAAUAAUGAAUAAUUUCAUAUUCAAGAAUCUGACGCUCACAGGCUCAUUCACAAAUGAUGUAAUCAUGCUGGAAGGCAUAGAAAAUACAGUUUUUGAUCUCAACGACUUCCAGCUAGAUCAAGUAAAGAUUGAAAGUGCAAGGAGCAUUCUAUUUUUAAAUUCCCAGACAAGCUUAAUUGUCAGCACUAAUCGUCUAUCUGUCAAUAAUACUGAGCUGAAUGAAGGGAUAGCAGUCCUUAUGCUAGGGAAGGUGGUUACAGCAAAUAUUGAUGGGAUAAUCUUCAGAAAUAUAUAUCCAGGAGCUUCUACAGACACAUCUAACUACAUGAUUAGUCUGACUGAGAUGGAGUCUAAUGGAAAUAGUUCUCUGAUUUUCUCUGGACUAGACUUCCAAAGCUGCACGGUGAACGGCUUUAUUAUCGGCAAUUCUAAACAGAUAGGGAUAGAAAAUCAGAAUAUUACAAUUAAAAACUCUGUAAUCGCGAAUCUGAAUUAUGAAUUCUUUGGAGAUCUCUUCGUAACAGAUAAUGUUCAAGCAACUAUCCCAUUCAGAAUUGCUUUUGAGUAUGUUACAUUUAGCAACAUUCAGUUUCAGAGAGGUGGAAACUUGAUGAAGCUUGGCCACCAACAUGAAGACUUCUUGGAAAUAAACCAUUGAGUGUUCAAUAAUAUUUACAACGCAGGUAUUGAUGUUUCCGCAUACUUCUCAGGCUUAGCUGAGACAAAGAAAACCAAAGUAAAGCUUUUGAAUGUAACUACAAACACAUUCCAAGCUAAUUCUCGAAGAUUUUUGAUUCUCGGAGAAGGAGCCCAAGUUGAAGUCCAUAAUUCCACUUUCAGAGGAAUCAGCUCUGUGAGAACUGGAGCUGUUAUCUAUGCUGGACCGAGAAAAGCUUCCAUUGAAUGAUUCACAACAAGCUUCUACAAUAAUACUGCUCUUGAUGGGGGUGUGUUCAGCUCUACAUCUGAAAGCUAUGUAAAAUGUACCAACUGCACUAUCUACAACAACCAUGCAGUUUCAAAUGCAGUUGUGAAAGUAGAGGAAAAUGGAUAUUUUAUCUUUGAGAAUAGCAGAAUAUUCUCCAAUUUCGCAAGCAAGAGGCCGAUUGGAGAGAUAUUUUCAACGUCUUUUGAAUCAACUAUCAGUAACUGAACAAUUGAAGGAAAUAUUGUUUUAAGCAUUAGUAAAAUGAAGACUUUAUUGUCAACCCAAGAGUCUUUGACAAGCACAUUUCUUACCCAGGCAGACACUGAAUUUGCAACAUUUGCAGAGAGCUAUACUUCUUUUGCACUUGAAGUGGCUUCAGGAGGUUUGGCUCUCAACUCUAAAACUAUGCUGACAUCUCAGGACUACUUCCUAUACAUUGUCGAUUCUGCUGCAACAGUUGAUGACUGAGAAAUAAGAGACAUAAUAGCAAGCAAAAACUACUUGAAUAUUGUUCAGUCAAAUUUGACCCUGUCUAAUACAGUGAUCUCCAAUAUUUCCAGUUCUGAGAUCUUCAUAGCAGUUUCUGUUGGCGGGUUGGAGGUUGAUAAUGUCAAGUACACUCAUGCAAACAAUGACUUUUUAAGAUCAGCUUACUCGCAAGUGACAGUAAAGUAUUUUACCAUUGAUAGCGUAGUUUGUAAAGAAAACUGACUCGCCUUGAGAAGCUCAAGCAUUCUAGAAUACAGUCAUUCAAUCUUCACUGCAGUAACUUCUAAUAGCCAUGGGCUUAAUGAAAUUGUUGACUGAACUGUUAGUUUGAUCAACAAUUUAACUCUUCAUGAGACUGUUUCUUCAGUCCUUUUGAUCAAAUUUUCAAAAAUCGACACAAUAAAGCAAUUGAAGAUUUAUAAAUGUACAUCUUGAUUCCAACUUAUCCUUAGUAAUGUAUCGAAAAUUGAAGAUUCAGUUUUCAAAGAAAAUGGGAUCUCUUCUUCUUUAAAAGGAGGAGCCUUAUAUAGUCAAUACAGUAAUCUGACGAUUACUAGCUCUAUUUUCAGCAAUAAUGUUGGCUUGAAUGGUCCAGCUAUUAAAAUAUUGUGCUCUAGCUCGAAUCCAUGAAAUAGCUCAAUUGAGAAUAAUAUUUUUCAAAGUAACACUGCGACAUCCAAGGGUGGUGCAAUUUAUUACAACUUCAACAGGCCACAGAUGAUCAAUAACACUUUUAUCAACAACUCAGCUGCUUAUGGAGUCAAUGUUGGGAGCUACCCAAUUUCGAUUGUUCUGAAUUCCACGAAGAAAGACUCGCUCAUUCUAAAUGAUGUUGGAAGUGGAAUUGAGUACACUAAUGAUCUCACAUUUGCCUUAAUCGAUCAAGAUGGCCAGACAACUAUUCUAGACGAUUUAUCAACUCUAAAGUUUAACCCUAUAUCUCCAAAUGCAUCUCUUUCUGGGACUGACUUUGCUAAGGUGACUAGAGGGGUUGGAUCCUUCAGUGAGAUAUCGUUCAACAGUAAUCCUGGAGACCAAAAUGUACACUUCAGAAUUACCUCAGCUGCUAUAAGCACUUACUUUGAUAUUUCAAUCUCAUUUAGGUACUGCAAGCCUGGAGAGUAUCAUGACAUAAAUGGAAAGUGAGUUGUAUGUCCCUAUAAAUCCUACACUUUACUUUGGAACCAGGCCAAGUGAGACUCAUGCAUGGAUCAUGCCACUUGUCUUGGAGGAACAGAAAUCUAUGUUGAUAAUGGAUUCUGGAGGAAAACUCCUAAUUCAACUGAGAUAAUUAAGUGCCCAAGAGAGGAUUCAUGACUUGGGAAGUAUGUCCCAGGCAUUGAAGAGCCAACUGAAUGCGCUCCUGGGUAUAAUGGAUUACUAUGAGCUGUCUGUGUCAUUAAUGAUGAUGUGAAAUAUCAACCACUCUCAAAUUUUGAGUGUUCGAAAUGUCCCGAUCCUUUUUUGAAUUUAAUUCGUGUUAUUGGAGUAGUAAUACUAGCUUUCUGUUUCGUUACAGCAAUUGUUGUAGUAAAUAUUAAGAAAAAGAAAGAGAAUAAUUUCUCAGUUCUAUUGAGGAUCUUUACAAAUUACAUACAGUUGAUAACAGCAUCAUUAUCUUUCAAUGCAAAUUUACCAUCUGUGUUCACAGACUCUUUUUCCAACACUGACAGAAUUAGUGCUCCUAACGAGUCAUACUUUUCUUUUGAUUGCUUUGUAAGAGAUUAUGAAAUAAAGGCUUUUGCUCCAAACAGCAUGUUACUUAAGCUAUUCUUAUUCCUCUUGCUACCUUUAUUCUUGAUGAUGAUCUACUUAGUUAUCUUUGGAGGCUUGAAGCUAUCGAUGAGGCUGAUGAACAAUAACAGGCAGAUUGAUACUACCAGAUAUAUGGUAGUCACAUUAGUGUGCAUUAUUUUCAUAUUCCACCCAAGGAUGUCAUUUGAAUCAAUGUCACUGUUCCAAUGUGAGCAGGUAGAUAAAGAUGACUUUAGAAUGAGAAACUACCUUGAAUACAGAUGCUAUUCUUCUGACCAUUUGUUGUGGAUAGCCAUCCUUGCAGUUCCGAUGCUGGCUUUGUGGGUGAUUGGUAUUCCUGCCUUUGCACUAUAUGUUUUGAUCAAGCAUCGCAAUGAACUUGAGAGUACUUUUAUUAAGAAAUACUUCCUAGUAAUUUACCAGGGUCUCAAACCAGAUCGAUUCUACUGGGAAUUCGUGAAUACGAUGAGGAAGUUAAUAAUUUUGUGUUUCAAUGUCUUGUUGUUCAGAUACAGGGUGGAAUACAGACUUCUAUUUGGGAUGAUGGUUCUAUACUUAUUCAUCAGACUUCAAGUAAGAAUGAUGCCAUACAAGAGAGAAGAGAAUAACCAGAUAGAAAUGCUUUCUCUUGCUGCUGGAGUUAUCACCCUAUCUUCAGGUAUUAUAUUCGUUACUGAAGAGGAUGCUUUCGGAAUGUUCAAAAUAUUACUAACAAUGAUUAUUUUCAUUAUAAACUCAUGGUUCCUCUUAGUAUGGUUCUACCUAUUGCUCUGCUCUCUUGGGAUCCGUAAUGAGAAGUUUCUCAAGCUCCUUCAAAUUUAUGGAACGUUCAUCACUAAGAACUACAAGAAGCACUUGGAGGAAGAGAUUGAAGCCAAAUCAUUGAUCAAGAAGAAAUUGAGAGUUUUUGGAAGAAAGAAUCGGAGAAACAAGAAAGGAACUGGGAAACAGCAAAAGGUGUACAAAGGACACCUUAUUAAAAGAAAACGAUCAAACAGAGAAGAGGUUGGUCAUAGUUAGUAGCUCUGGGAUAAUUUUGAUUCUAUGAAUGGUGGUCAUUUUUAUAGAGAAAGAAGGAAUCAAGGAAGGAGAGAAAAGUUAAACAAUUCAAUGAGAAAAUUAAGAUAAUAGAUGAAGAGAGUAGCCAAAAUCUUGGAAAUCUUCCCAAGAAUAAUUUUGCUCAUAGUCUAGUCCCAUCCAGGAGUAGAGGAAAGCUCAGAUAUCAAAGAAAUAAGAAGGAUAUCAGUAUGCAAGAUAAAGAGGAGAUAGCAAAUACUUCACAUCCUCUUCGUAUCUCUCCAUUUCAUAUGGAAGAGGAGGAAAAUUCAGAUUUAUCUCAGAGUUCAGUUAACUUACAAGAUUUGAAUAUAUCUGAGCAACUUAAGGACCAAAAGAAUGAGGCUCAUCAUCAUUCGGAUCUUACCAAUAUCUUACCCCAAGUUUCACCUAAUCAUGCGAUGCCCGUCAUACACGAAUAAUCAAGACCGGACAAAUUAUAAGUAUCUAAUUCUUUAAGAACUUCACUUAUUUAAAUGUAAAAAUGCAUGAGCUUGAUUUUAUGAGGAGGGCUACUUCCUUAUAAGCUAAAAUGAAUGCAUCUUAACAUGAAUUUAUUUUAAAACAUCUGGAGCUUUCGUUAAUCUGUGUUUGCAUAUCUACUUUAAAAUUCCAUUGAGUUUUCAGAACAUUCUAGAAUAUAGAAAGCUUAAAUAAACCUCUGAGCACAAAUUUAUAGCAAUGGAACUUAGAAAUAUGUCAAGAUAAAUCAUUUAAAUUAUUUUAGAAAAUGACUCAAAUCAAUUUAGUUUGUACAACCUAAGUAAUUUUUUAUAAUGGAGCUUAACAUGUCUUAACUUGGAAAUUCUGUGAAAACUUGAAGAAGCACAC